AUGCACCCUUCCUCUACAAAGGUGUCCUGGGUCGCCGUGUCGCUGCUGCUGCUGCUCCUGCUGCCGCCCGCGCUGCUGUCGGCCCAGGCGGCCGCGCAGCCCCUGCCCGACUGCUGCCGCCAGAAGACGUGCUCCUGCCGCCUCUACGAGCUGCUGCACGGCGCGGGCAACCACGCCGCCGGCAUCCUCACGCUGGGCAAGCGGCGGCCC